AUGACGAAACCGUGGCCACAGGACUGGCAGAGGACAUACCCUUUGCCAGAGGUAGGUGCACCCGCCGGCACACAGCAUGCAAAUGGAACAAUCACUGGCGCAACGCCCGCGGAAGUCAUGUUGAAUAUCAUCUCAUUUCUAACCCCUGUUCCAGAAAGGGAGAACGAUCUUUUCUCGGACCGCGAGCCUGUGGGCGGUUGGCACGCCAGAAAUGUUGUCCACGCACAUCGCGGUGCAUUUCGCAUCGCCAUGGCAGAAGACUUUACCUCGAUGACCACGUUUCUUAUUGACAGAAAGGACGAACCCACAAACCCUGGACCUACUAUCUUUCUCCAUAGUACCCGUAGUUCCGAAGGCUUUGCCCAGUAUUUGCGAAACCUGUCUCCUGAAAAAGCUUCGCAGAUCCGUCAUAUCGCUUUGAUCGAUUACAACACAUAUAUCACUCGACCAACCGAGCCAGAAGAUGCACUGAAGAUCUUUGAGCGACGGGUUCUACGCCCGUUCAUGCACAAAAUGGCCCUGGAAUCCGUGGGGAUCUUCCAUUGUAUGCGAUGCUAUCGGAUGAACGACCGUUGGUUCGGUCCAUUUGCCGUGAACCACUGGCCCAGUCAAACAGAGGUGCACGAACCCAACACCAAUCGAAACAGUCAGGGGUCUCACUGGAUGGAGUUCGAAAUAAGUGUCAAGAGCAUGACGGCCGGUCCAGGUAGAACCACCGUGAACGACUUCAAUGUUGAACGGACGAGCACAAGAAAGGGUCCGUAUCCACAGAUCCUGCGAUCGUGGCAGGAUAAGCGAGUCGAUAUAUUGGCAAACGCCCUCGGUGUGGAUUGGGCGCCCCUGCGAAGUGAGUUGGAUAACCGCCAAGGUGACAGCGCAGCCCUGUACGAAGCACACAAUUUCCCGGAUCCCGCGCCAGACGAUGGCAUUGGCGACCCCAAUGACCCAAUGAAUCCAACCACACGACAGAUGGCAGCCUAUGUUAGGCAUGUGAGACUGAUUUUUCGGAGGAAGCGAAAGAUCACUCAACGUGACAUCAACCGUGUUCAGAGAUAUUGGAGACGAUCGUUUAACCUUCCCAGGCCUGACCUCAGUCAGCCUAGAUAUAACCUGCGGGCUCGACAGCGACCUCAUUCUUAUGCCAAUCCAGGGACAAGAGCCCAGCAACAGGCAAGCAUGAUUGUGUGA